UUCAUCAAAUGAGCGAUACAGAGACAGAGUUGAGUUCUUUACUGCUGAAAUCCCCAAAGGAAACUUCUCUCUCAGACUGAAGAGUGUCAGAACUGAGGAUAAAGGAGUUUACAUGUGUCAAGUGUUUGCUGGAGGACUUUCAGCCAAUGCAACUACAGUAUUGGAUAACUGGAUCACAUGAUAAAGGUUUCCUUGUGCAACAUUGUUGUAACCAGAUUUUUCUGGGAUCUUCAGUGGUUUUGCCCUGUUAUGUUGACAAACACGUAUUAAACCAAAGUCUGGUGGUGGAAUGGAGAAGAACAGGCUCAGAGACUCUGGUUCAUCUGUAUAAAGAUGGUGAGAGUCGAGCAGAGGCCCAGCAGCAGGAUUAUCAUGAUAGAGUUCAUUUCUUUACUGAUCAGAUUCAUCAUGGAAACUUCUCCCUCCGUCUGGACAAUCUGACAGCUAAAGAUGAGGGAGAAUAUACAUGUACCGUUUACAGUGACCAGGACUGUGUGUAUUUAUCUGAGACAAAUUUGACACUGACUUUUACUGUUGAAGAAUCUGAUUCCCUUGUUGUUCCUCUCGGAGGGUCAGUGGUUCUGCCCUGUCAGAUUAACAAACGCUUAUUAAAGAAAAGACUAAAGGUGGAAUGGAGAAGAACAGACUCAGAGACUCUGGUUCAUCUGUAUCAAGAUGGUGAGAGUCGAGCAGAGAAACAGCAGCAGGAUUAUCAUGAUAGAGCUCAUUUCUUUACUGAUCAGAUUCAACAUGGAAACUUCUCCCUCCGUCUGGACAAUCUGACAGCUGAAGAUGAGGGACGAUACACAUGUACAGUUUACAGUGAGAAGGACUGUGUGUAUUCAGCCAUCACAGACCUGGAAUUGUGGUUUGAGGUUAAACAUUCUUGUCGAACGCUUGCUCCUCUGGGAUCUUCAGUGGUUUUGCCCUGUUAUGUUGAUGAACUCUUACUAAUGGAGGGUCUGGAGGUAGAAUGGAGAAGAACUGACUCGGAGACUCUGGUUCAUCUGUAUCAAGAUGGUGAGAGUCGAGCAGAGUCCCAGCAGCAGGAUUAUCAUGAUAGAGCUCAUUUCUUUACUGAUCAGAUUCAACAUGGAAACUUCUCCCUCCUUCUGGACAAUCUGAGAGCUGAAGAUGAGGGACGAUACACAUGUACAGCUUACAGAAAUCAUACAUCCGUGUUUUCAUCUGAAACUAAUUUGGAACUGAGGCUACAAGACACAGUCUUCUGUCUUCAGAUGUUUCUCGUCUUCUGUCCAAAUAUGAUCAUGUUUCUUUCGUUUGUCCUCUGGGGUGUUUCUGAAGGGUCUCUAAAUGAGUCGGUCUCUUGCUGUGCUCUUUAUUUUCUGAGGCCUCUUAUGUUGCUCUGGGCGGCUCCAUAUGCUCAUGAGUUCACAGGCAAGACUAAAACAUAUAUUCACAAUUACAGUUAUGACACAGAAUACAUUGUUUUAUCAACUGUUUUUUAUUCAGUUCUGUUUAAAUCUGCCUGGGACAAAAGCUUAAAUUACACAGGAUUUGAAGGUGUCACGAUAAUAUUCAUCUUUGUGACUGUGCUUCUGCUAAACCUCAUCUAUAUUAUUUUAUGCAAGUAUUUCUAGUACCAAUGGCAU